ACUCAGCGGAGCUUCCUUAGUACUUACACAUCAAAUUUAAUGCCCUUAUAGCUGGGAGAAAAAAGAAAAAAAAAAGGCGUGACCUGACCCAAUUCUAUAAAGAUCAGCCAUUCGAGCUCGCGGGAAUCAGAAAGGAAUUAAUGCCGCUUUGAGUACCGCCACAGACAUGGAGACAUCUUCCCCGCAUCCCCGCGAAAGCAUCACCACCGCGCAAACAGAAUCUCGAAACCCGCAGGCGGAUAUCUUUGAGCAAUUGAGCACAUAUCCUUUCUCGACCGAUCGCGAAUUUGCAGGCGGCCUUGCCAUUAUACUCGGUCACCCCGAGACGCCGGCCUCAGACGAGGAGAUUGCUCGCGAUGAUGAUUUGGUCCUGCAGGCGAAGUGUUAUUAUUUUAUCAGAAAGAAUAACCUUGCGCUGCCGCUAGAUGUUGCGACCUACAAGUCCUGGCUUGAAGCUAGGCGUACUUCGAGUACCUCCAUAGAUGGCUCGCGAGAAACCGGCUCAUCGCAAAUUUCCGCAUCAUCUCUGUCCCCGACUACAGUCCCGGCAUCGAAGCCGACAUCACAAGAGCCAACAUAUCCCACAUCGUUCGCUCAUAUCGUUGAGCUUAUUACAACGGGCCAGCCGGUUCCAGGAAUCCAACAUAUACCAGACAUUCUUUUAACGGGCCAAGGAGCUGCGAGUGCAAAGCCCAAGAGACUGAAACCUUGGGAGAAGGGGGAGACCGCUUAAUCAUAAGCCAGACAACAGUAACAUCGGAAGGCUGUUCCUGCUUCAUCUAGCAACGUGUGAUUACUGUAUCUCCUAGCAUCAGUAUGGCUUUCAUUAAAGACUUGGACCGGGGCUAAUAAGGGGUGCCACAACUAUGGACAACAUAUUCGUCCUUAGUCAGGCUAGCGGACUGAUAGCAAAGCAUGCGUAGCAAGGACGAGCCAGGUUUAUGAAUAAGAAGAGU